AUGUGUCGACGCGGGGUGGUCGUCCCUGCCGCCGGAACCGCUCUUACGCUGUUUGCGAUGGUCAUCUCCUGCAUCGAGUCGAAGGACAUCACUUGCCCCCCGAGGUGCAGUUGCGUGCACGUCGAAGGCCGGCUGACCACCGACUGCUCGAACAGCGGCUACGACCAGCUACCGAACACCAUCGCCGAAGGAACGAUGGUUCUGCGGCUGGACGGCAAUGACCUGUCGCAGUUGACGAAGCUGCAGUUCCUGCCCGGACGAAAAAUCGCUGACCUCAGACAGCUGAGUCUUAAGAACUGUCGACUGACCGCGUUCCCACCGGAAGCAUUUUGGGACUUACCUCACUUACUGCGCCUGAACCUCGCGAAUAACGCCAUCAGCAGCAUCCCGAUGCACACCAAGACUCACCAGCUGUGGAGCCCGUUCCACUACAUGGCCGAUUUGCAGUACAAAGACAGCCAGACGUACAACAGCAACGUUGCGGUGGCGACAGCGGUUGGUAAUUUUGACUUUACCGAGUAUAUAGUGACUGAGGAGGACGACGAGGAUCUAAAAGUGAUCCAGGGCAUUGCAUUGUCAUCAGUCAAUUUAGAGAAUCGUCUAUAG